GUUUUUCUAUCAUGAUUUGUAGAUGGCAAUCGCUAAUUUUUAACAUUUUAAUAUUUAAUGCAUUUUUAUUAACGAAAAUUCAAUCAGGCAGUCACGAUACAUUUAAAAAACCGGAAACUUCAGAUUGUGGUUGCUCAGCAGCCAAUCGCCAAACCACUACCAAAGCAAAAGCAGACUCUGAUUCCAAAAAUCCGGAAGUUUUGAAAUCGAUUAAUUCCAAAAAUAUAAAACUUUACGACGAGAUGGUUCCUGUGGAAGGUGGGAUCUACGGCAUUGGCUCUUAUAAACCCAUCAUUCCAGCAGAUGGGGAGGGGCCGGCUAGAAAAGUUAAGUUGGCGAGGUUUUGGCUGGACGUUCAUGAAGUUAGCAAUUUGCAGUUUAGCGAGUUUGUGCAGCAGACUGGGUAUGUUACAGAAGCUGAAAGAUUUGGCAACUCGUACGUCAUUGAAACGUUCAUCAGUGAAGAAGUCAAAUCUUCAAUCAAUCAGGCCGUCGCAGCGGCUCCAUGGUGGCUGCCAGUGAAUGGGGCUGAUUGGAUGCACCCCACGGGCCCUGACUCUAAUAUCACCCACCUGAUGGAUCACCCAGUUGUCCACGUGUCGUGGAAUGAUGCAACAGCAUUUUGCAAAUGGAAAAGUAAAAGGCUUCCAAGAGAGGCUGAAUGGGAAUCAGCGUGCAGAAACAAUAAGCAAGAUAGGCUGUUCCCUUGGGGGAAUUUGGAAAAACCCAAAGAUCAUCACUACAUGAAUAUCUGGCAUGGGAGUUUCCCGACUGAAAACACUAAAGAUGAUGGAUACGCAAGCACAUGUCCAGUUUGGAGUUAUCCUAAUCAAACGACUCACGGUUUGAAAAACAUGAUCGGCAAUGUUUGGGAAUGGGUGGCCGAUUGGUGGCAAGCUAAUCAUCAUCAUCACCAGGACCACCAUCCGGAUCGUCAUCAGGAAGAAUUGCCUGUGAAUCCAGCUGGACCCCCAGGUGGUAGUGACAAAGUUAAGAAGGGAGGUUCAUUUAUGUGUACCAAACAACACUGCUACAGAUAUCGUUGCGGUGCCAGGAGUUCCAACACUCCAGACAGUUCUGCCUACAACCUCGGCUUCAGGUGUGCUAGAGACGAUGACGACGAUAGUAAUGACAAUGAUAGCAAUGAUAAUGAUGAUGUUGAAGAUAUACACAACAGUGAGAAUACCGAAGAUGUUGUUGUCAACAAUGCUUAUAAAGAUGAAAUUUAAACUAAAUCAAAAACACAGACACACAUUCACGCAAAAACUAUCGCAUACACUCACUCACAUACAUGUCCAAUGUUGCUUAAUUUUUUGUAUUUAUUUUCUAGCCUUGCAUAGUAUGAUCCUAAUUUUUAUUAUCGAAUUACUCGAUACCACAAAUUUAUACAUACAGUGAUAUAGUAAAUAUAAAGAUACAGAUAUAUAUAUAUAUAUACACACACACACAAUCUACAUACAUGCACUUUUACAAACGUAGUAUUGCGUCAUUUUAUAUUUUAUUCUAUCUUUCAUUCCACUAACUUUUGCUUCUACGGAAAAAAA